AUGUUCAGCCGGUCAGGAUAUCAAGCUCUUCCACUGGGGGACUAUAACCGUUUCCCACAGUCCAGCACUGGAGUCUAUGGAUCUCAGAAGAGCUUAUUUUCCUUUGGGCACGUGCAAGACCCAUGGGCCCAGGUCCCGCAAAUGAAAGGUUCCUCCCAGGACUGUCUGUCAUGGAUUUGCCAUGGGAUUGUCACCUCUUUGGCCUUCCUGCUGAUGGUCAUCACCUUCCCCAUCUCCAGAUGGUUUGUCUUGAAAAUAGUCCCUGCCUACGAGCGAAUGACUGUAUUCCGCUUGGGCCGGAUCCGAGCCCCCCAGGGGCCAGGCAUGGUCCUGCUGUUGCCAUUCAUAGAUCACUGGCAACUAGUAGACUUGAGGACAAGAGCCUUUUAUGUGCCAUCACGUAAGCUGACCUCUAAGGAUGGAGCCGUGAUCUCCAUGGGGGCUGAUAUCCAGUUCCGAGUGUGGGAUGCAGUGCUGUCUGUCAUGAUGGUGAAAGAUCUGAAUGCAGCCAUCCGAAUGAUGGCCCAAAACGCCAUGACCAAGACCCUGCUGAAGAAGAACCUGAGGGAGAUCCAGACAGAGAAGCUGCGGAUUGGGGACCACCUCCUGGUGAGGGUUUGCUUAUGACUUUGGGCCCUGCUCCUGUGCUGUGACAUGGAAAGUGAAGCAACCCAUUUCAGUCUGUGCCUCACCAGCCGCAGGACCCGAAUCCCUAAUUCUCUAGCUAUGUAAUGUUACUGAAAUAUUGGGUCUGCUUAGCUGAGAGCUAAUUAACAGCUUGACAGGGAUAAGGAAAAAUGCUUUAUUUUGCAGAAAAAGGAGAGCCUGUACUUUGGUACAAAAGACUUUGUUUUUGGAAUGAUCCGAUGGGCAGGGACAUCAGUGGGUAGGGACUGAAAUUGAGCUGCAUACCUGUUGAGAGAGGUGAGAGUAGUUUGGAGGGAAACAAUAUAUUUGGUUAGUUUUUUAUUAUUUUAGGUGGCUAAAUUAGUUACAGGUUCUGGAUUAGCAAAUUUGGUGUAUGGCCUGCCAAAUAAAAGUUCAAAGGGUGAGAGAUGGAGCCAGUCUUUGGGGGCAGUGCGAACUGCCAAAAGAGCCAGAGGCAAGGCUUGAAGCCAUUUUAGCCCAGUCUGAGCACACAGUUUAGAGAGUUUAAGUUUUAAAGUUUGAUUUAACAAAAUAAUACAAUAGUUACUUGCUUCCCGUUUGCCCUUUAUACAUGCCAAUCCCCACCCAGCAAUUAAGUCCUUGCAGCAACUAGCUAUAUUAAAACACCUGUCUAAUUGCUGGCUGUGCCACCAAACUCGUUCUAAAAAAAUAAUAAA